AUGGGGCGGCUCGGGGUCCCGGGACCCAGCUGGCGACCGCUGCUGCGGCGGCUGCUGCUGCCCUGCACCCUGGCGCUGGUGCUGGGAGGGUUGCCCCGGGUGGGAGCCCUCGAAGAAGAUCCCAGCGAAGCCCACGGCCACCACAGCCAGGGUUUCCAAGUGGUCACCUUCAAAUGGCACCAUGUCCAGGACCCGUACAUUAUCGCGCUCUGGAUUCUUGUGGCCAGCUUAGCCAAAAUCGUCUUCCACCUGUCCCACAAGGUCACCAGCGUCGUCCCCGAGAGCGCUCUGCUCAUCGUUCUGGGCCUUGUGCUGGGUGGCAUCGUCUGGGCAGCCGACCACAUUGCCUCCUUCACGCUCACGCCCACCGUCUUCUUCUUCUACCUGCUGCCCCCCAUCGUGCUGGACGCCGGCUACUUCAUGCCCAACCGACUCUUCUUUGGCAACCUGGGCACCAUCCUGCUGUAUGCCGUCAUUGGCACCAUAUGGAAUGCGGCCACCACGGGCCUGUCGCUCUAUGGCGUCUUCCUCAGUGGUCUGAUGGGUGAGCUGAAGCUCGGGCUCCUGGACUUCCUGCUCUUCGGCAGCCUGAUCGCCGCCGUGGAUCCCGUGGCGGUGCUCGCCGUGUUUGAGGAGGUGCACGUCAACGAGGUCCUGUUCAUCAUCGUGUUUGGGGAGUCGCUGCUGAAUGAUGCGGUGACAGUGGUCCUGUACGAUGUUUUUGAGUCUUUUGUGACGCUGGGCGGUGACAAGGUGACCGGCGUGGAUUGCGUGAAAGGCGUAGUGUCCUUCUUUGUGGUGAGUCUGGGAGGCACGCUGGUGGGCGUCAUCUUUGCUUUUCUGCUGUCCCUGGUGACCCGCUUCACCAAGCACGUGCGCAUAAUUGAGCCUGGCUUCGUCUUUGUCAUUUCCUACUUGUCCUACCUGACGUCGGAGAUGCUGUCCUUGUCAGCCAUCUUGGCGAUCACCUUUUGCGGCAUCUGCUGUCAGAAGUAUGUGAAAGCCAACAUCUCGGAGCAGUCGGCCACCACCGUCCGCUACACCAUGAAGAUGCUGGCCAGCGGGGCUGAGACCAUCAUCUUCAUGUUCCUGGGCAUCUCGGCCGUGAACCCCCUCAUCUGGAAAUGGAACACGGCUUUCGUUUUGCUGACUCUGGUCUUCAUUUCCGUGUACCGGGCCAUCGGUAUCGUCCUGCAGACCUGGAUCCUCAAUCGCUACCGCAUGGUGCAGCUGGAGACCAUAGACCAAGUGGUCAUGUCCUACGGCGGCCUGCGUGGCGCGGUGGCCUACGCCUUGGUGGUGCUUUUGGAUGGGAACAAGGUCAAGGAGAAGAACCUGUUUGUCAGCACCACCAUCAUUGUGGUGUUUUUCACGGUCAUCUUCCAGGGCCUGACCAUCAAGCCCCUGGUGCAGUGGCUAAAAGUGAAGAGGAGCGAGCAGCGGGAGCCGAAGCUUAAUGAGAAGCUCCACGGUCGGGCUUUCGACCACAUCCUUUCGGCCAUCGAGGACAUCUCAGGACAAAUUGGACACAACUAUCUCAGAGACAAGUGGUCCAAUUUUGACAGGAAGUUCCUCAGCAAAGUCCUCAUGAGAAGAUCGGCUCAGAAGUCUCGAGAUCGGAUUCUGAAUGUUUUCCACGAGCUGAACUUGAAGGAUGCUAUUAGCUACGUGGCUGAGGGAGAGCGCCGUGGGUCCCUCGCCUUCAUCCGAUCCCCAAGCACCGACAAUAUGGUCAACGUGGACUUCAGCACGCCACGCCCGUCCACUGUGGAGGCUUCUGUCUCCUACCUGUUGAGGGAGAACGUCAGCGCCGUGUGCCUGGACAUGCAGUCCCUGGAGCAGAGGCGGAAGAGCAUCCGUGACACCGAGGACAUUGUCACCCACCACACCCUGCAGCAGUAUCUGUACAAACCUCGGCAGGAGUACAAACAUCUCUACAGUCGCCACGAGCUGACGCCCAGCGAGAACGAGAAGCAGGAUAAGGAGAUCUUCCACAGGACCAUGCGGAAGCGCCUGGAGUCUUUCAAGUCGGCCAAACUGGGCAUCAACCACAACAAGAAGGCGGCCAAGCUGUACAAGAGGGAGCGCGCACAGAAGCGGAGGAACAGCAGCGUCCCCAAUGGCAAACUGCCACUGGAGAUCCCAGCUCACAACUUCACCAUCAAGGAGAAAGAUUUAGAACUUUCAGACCAUGAGGAGGCUCCCGCCUAUGAAGAAGAGGAGACCAGCGGGGGCAUUGAGUUCCUGGCCAGUGUCACCAAGGAUGUCGUCUCUGACUCAGGGGCAGGAAUUGACAAUCCGGUGUUCUCCCCGGAUGAGGACCUGGACCCAAGCAUCCUGUCCAGGGUGCCACCCUGGCUGUCCCCUGGGGAGACUGUGGUGCCCUCCCAGAGGGCCCGUGUGCAGAUCCCCCACUCCCCCAGCAAUUUCCGCCGCCUGACACCAUUACGCCUCAGCAACAAGUCAGUGGACUCCUUCCUGCAGGCUGAUGGCCCCGAGGAGCGAUCCCACGCCGUCUUCCCUGAGUCCACACACAUGUGACAGCACUGGCUCGGACACGCCUCUCGCUGGACGCCCCGCCGGCGCGCAGCAGCAGCAGCAGCAGCAGCCCCGGCUCGGC